UCUCUCUCUCUCUCUCUCUCUCUCUCUCUCUCUCUCUCUCUCUCCCCUGCCAUCCUUCUCUUUCACUCCCUUCAGUUCAGUCUUCGCCAUCAACUCGUCCGACGAAGCUGCAAGCUCUGUGGAUUUUCGAAAUGGAAGGAAGGAGCGAAAUGGCGUCGGUCCCAAUGGGUUCAAAGCAGUCCAAAUUGAAGAGAUCCUUCAGGCGCGCUCUUCACCCUCUUCUCUCCACCUGCUCCAUGGAGGCAAUCUGCAAAGCAUUUCCCGGCUUCUCUAAGGAUGAGCAGAAGUAUCUUCAUCGGCUUUUCAUCAAGGUCAUCACUUCUUUGCAUGGACAUAUAGAGGAGGUAUUUGAAUCUUUGUGCGACGAAAUGCAGGUGGGAACGUGUCUUGAUAUCGUAGAAGAACUAAUUGAGGAGCAGAGUCUGGACAUUUUGUCAGAUAAGAGUAACGUAUUGGAUACUGCAGAAGAUUUGUUAGCAGCAAAGAACAAUGAGAUACAGUCCUUGCUGGCUGAGCUAAAUGCUGUUGAAGAACGUAAUCGUGCCACUCGUGCACGAAUUGAAUUACUCAAGGAAAGGCAGGAAGACUUUGCAGCAGUGGUCACUGCCAUGGAAAAGGCAAGGCACUGAAUCAGAAUAUUGCAUCUUGAGGCAACUUGUAAAAAAGAUUCGUCUUGAUGGAACUUCAAUAGGUACUCCCUGUGCCUUAUUAGACAUGUCAAUGGAUUGAAGUAUGGUUUUGAACUCUAGUUUUUUUUUUUUUUUUCUAAUCGUUCUGUAAUUUGUCUUUAUAGUUUGAUAGCUAUUCGAUUCAUCUUGUUGAACAUGAACCCCAGAAUAGGAGUAUGAAUAUUGGUAAAUGAGUUGUGUAAUAGUUUGCUGCUCAAACUGUGCAAUUAAAUGAUGGAAGGAAUCCGAGAUUAUCGAUCAUUCUCAGUUGGUCCCAA